AUGGCGACCCGGUCGAACAGGGAUCGGAAGAAGCAGCAAGGUGAGGGAGACUCCUUUGGGCCAGGCCGUGGAGAAGCCGUAUUCGGGGACAAAGCGGUUUUCUCUUUCUCUUCCCUGGCUGCAGGUGUCGUCGUCAGCACUGGGGGCAACCUGGGAACACCCUCAAUGAACGCCGGCCUUCAGAGUGCCCGGAGUGCCCAUCAAGACCUGAGGAGUGUGAUGCCGGGGACAAGCCAAGGGGCAUUUGUCUUUGCUACCAUUUUCACCCCAGCAGCAGCUGCCCUCAGUGUCUGCCUUCCCUUAGGGAAUCGGGCUUCCUGCAGGGGCCGAGCGCUCCGCCGUCGCAGGACACCAUCACGCAUCAUGCUCUGCUGCAGAGAGCCUGGGCCGAGCACCAAAGGCUUAGGUCCUCCGAAAGUCCAGCAUCCGGCACCUGCUGCUCGGCCUCAGCCUGGAACCAAGUCGCGCUCUGCAGUCCGCGCAGGGGCGGAGGAGCCGCGCCCAGCUGCCAGUCCUCGUCCUCCGCAUAGGCCCGAGUUGCCCAACCCCGAGUUGCGUCCUGCAGCCCGAAACCCCGUGCCAAAGCCGAAACCCGCUAGCUGCUCCUCAAGACGUGCUCCGCUGCACCCAACAGCCAGCCGCAGUGCACCAGAUGUGUGCUCGGCUGUCAGCCUUCGUCCUCGGCCUACAGCACAGCGGCACCCUGCAGUCCGCCGCCUUGUAUGGGAGGGAGGCUCAGUCACCCGUGGCCGUCCUGCCAUCUGCGACCGCAACGGAUCUGGGCCAGGCCCUGCAGCCCGUCGCCGGCGUGGUUCUGGGCCAAGCCCUUUGUCCAGCUGCUGCAGCAGUGUUUCUGAGCGGCCCUCUGGCGCCCGCAGCUGCCCCACAUCUGGGCCAGGCCCAUCCUCUGGGUCAAGCCCCAUUCACCUCCGGAGCCGUGUGAUCCAGAGCGGCCCGGCCCGCUUCAGCAGCAGUAUGAAUCCAGUCGUUGUCCUGCGGCGUUGCAGCACCCAGCCUCCAGAAGCACUCAGCCUCCAGAAGCACUCAGCCUCCAGAAGCACCCAGCCUCCAGAAGCACUCAGCCUCCAGAAGCACUCAGCCUCCAGAAGCACCCAGCCUCCAGAAGCACUCAGCCUCCAGAAGCACUCAGCCUCCAGAAGCAGCCCCAGUCCGCAGGGGCCACCUUGCCAGAGCCCUCCCUAUUCCCCUGGAUGUGGCUUACAAAGGCAUGUCUACCAGAAUAGGUCGCGCUCUCCCGAGGCGGCUGAGGUCAAGAGCUUUAAGUCAGAGCCUGAAUGGCAUGCAGUCCGUAUGCGUGCCUCUUCGCCUUCGCCUCCUGGUAGGUACUUCCUUUUUCGCUGGAGGCUGGCCGGAGGAAGGUUAGUCACUCACUCUUCCUCCUCUCCACCCUCCCCGGUUGCUCCACCUUCUGCCUCCUCCCCUGCUCCUCUUUCCUCUCCCACGUGCCCAGCUGCUGUCUCCUUCCCCGAGUCUCCUGGAAGGAAGAACUCCCCUACCUUUGAUAUUCUUAGUGGGAACACAUCUUCCCACUUUGGUGGUCUGGCCUCCAUCCCCACAGCUAGUCCCGGUAGCCUGAGGCGUGCCUUUAUGCCAGAGCUUUGUGCUCUAGAUUCUGCCGCUUCAGGACAUCUGUGGGAUAUGGAGAACAAACCUCCUGGCCCUGAAGCCCCUGGGCUGUGA